GGCCGGGCGGAGGCUGCCGGGGAGGGAAGAUGGCCACCACCAAGCGGGUGCUGUACGUGGGCGGGCUGGCCGAGGAGGUGGACGAGAAGGUGCUUCACGCCGCCUUCAUCCCCUUCGGAGACAUCACCGACAUCCAGAUCCCGCUGGACUACGAGACCGAAAAGCACCGAGGAUUUGCCUUCAUUGAAUUUGAGCUGGCAGAGGAUGCUGCAGCAGCUAUUGACAACAUGAAUGAGUCUGAGCUCUUUGGCAGGACAAUCCGUGUGAACUUGGCCAAGCCAAUGCGGAUUAAAGAAGGAUCGUCAAGGCCCGUCUGGUCGGACGACGACUGGCUCAAGAAGUUUUCGGGGAAGACUCUGGAGGAGAACACGGAGGAGGGGGGAGCAGAGGCCCCCAAGCCAGAAACGCAGGAGGGUGAACCCCCUGCUAAGAAAUCCCGAGCCAACCCUCAGGUUUACAUGGACAUCAAGAUUGACAACAAACCUGCCGGGCGGCUCCGGAUCCUCCUGCGCUCGGAUGUGGUACCCAUGACCGUAGAAAAUUUCCGCUGCCUCUGCACCCACGAGAAAGGCUUUGGCUUCAAAGGGAGCAGCUUCCACCGCAUCAUCCCCCAGUUCAUGUGUCAAGCUGGAGACUUCACCAACCACAACGGCACCGGAGGCAAAUCCAUCUAUGGGAAGAAGUUUGAUGAUGAGAACUUCAUUCUGAAGCACACGGGGCCAGGGCUGUUAUCGAUGGCAAACUCCGGCCCGAACACCAACGGCUCCCAGUUCUUCAUCACGUGCGAUAAAACAGAUUGGCUGGACGGGAAGCACGUGGUGUUCGGCGAGGUGACGGAGGGCAUGGACGUGGUGCGGCAGAUCGAGGCUCAAGGUACGAAAGACGGGAAGCCGAAGCAGAAGGUGAUCAUCUCGGACUGCGGGGAGUACGCGUGAGCUCGGCCCGCGCGCGCGCGCGCGGCGGGAUGGGGGCGGCCGGCUCCAGCCCAGCCGGGAGGCUCGGGGAGCCCCCGCGGGAGCAGCUCUGCUGGGGCGGCGGAUAAAGACUCUCUACUUAAUGAAAAAGAAUAAAACCUAGUUUUAAAAAUA